AUGAACCAGCAGGGCGCUCAGCCUGCUCAGGCCGGCGCGAGCCAGCCGACAGGAAACGGCACUCCUGGCCCCAUGUUCCGGCCUGAGGCGAUGCGCACCAUCUCGAUCCUGAGCGCUGAGGAACGGGACAAGUACGAACAGGGUCUUCGGCAGCUAUGGAACGUGUACGAGAAGGAACCAGAGGGCUCGCCGGCCAAGUUGCAGGCUUACAAGAAGAUCCAGAACUUCGGAAUAGUGCUCUCCAAUAAGAUUCGCGACACUAUGAGGAGGAACCAGCAGGGUCAGCAACCAACGCAGCCAGGCCAGCAACCAGGUCAACAACCGCAGCAGCAGCAAACACAACAACCGCAACAACAACAACAACAACAACAGCAGGCGCAACCACAGCAGCAACAGCAACAACAACAACAACAACAGCAACAGCAACAAGCACAGCAACAGGCACAGGCACAGGCACAGGCACAGGCACAGCCUCAGCCGCAGCAGCCACAGCCUCCGCAGACUCAACAGACCUCCCCAAAUAUGACCAAGGCAACAGCUCCGCAGCAGCCGGCAACCGGCGCUCAGGGCGGCGCCUCCGGGGCUGCUGGCUCCUCGGCAGCACCCAACCCGGGAGGUGCGCCAGCACAGGCGCCAGCGGGUGCGAACCAAGUUCGCAUUCCUGACCAUAUUAUGACGCAUAUCAACAAGAUGAUUUGGCAUGUACCCAGCAACGUGAGCGAGCAGGACGCACCGAAGUGGAGAGAUGGCUCUAAGCGGCGAUACGCCAAUGCUUUGAUGCAAAUGGAGGCGGCUGCUACAACGCUGAAGAAAAUCGACCAGCUUUACAAGGAAAGAAAAGAGAAGAACCAACCCAUCACUCCAGAGGAGCAGAAGCUUUUCCAAGAGCGCAGGGAGAAGGCUCAGAACACCUACAGAGAGACCAGCCGAUACGUCGAAGGGAUACGGAAACAUCACGCCGACAUUACGGCACAAAGGGCAUCUGGUGCACAGCCGGGUAAUGCGCAGACUGGCGCAAGCGCCGCUUCCCCAGCAGGGGGACAAGCAGCCGCAACCCCUGGACCUCAGACAGCAGCUCCGACUGCCGCUUCCAGACCACAACAGAACCAACCUCAGGGGCAAACCCAGGCGCAACCUGCCCAGCAACAGCCAACGCAGCCUACUGCGCAGCCCGGCGGUCUUGCCAUGCAAAAUGUGCAGGCUAAUAUCAACGGUGCAUUUGAGGCCGCGAAGAACCAGCAGAUGACUGGGAUGGGUCGGGGGCAAGCACCGGGCGCUUUGGGACAAGCAGCGCAGCCGGGAUCUCAAGCUCAGGGUGGCGCGAAUGUUGCGCCAGCUACUGGCUCCCCCAUGGUGCAGCAGCCUCCAGGCCCAGUCGGAGCGCAGCAACCGACGAUCAAGUCGGAGCCGGGAACACAACAGCAUCAGGCUCAGCUUCAACAGCAGCAAUUUCAACAGCAGCAGCAGCAGCAGCAACAACAACAAUUCCAACAACAACAACAACAACAGCAGCAGCAGCAGCAGCAGCUCCAACAUCAGCAGCAUCAGGGUCAAAUGAACACACCGAUUGCAUCUGCUCAUAAUGCUGGCCGCGUACAAACACCACAGUCUGGCACUCCCACUACUACUGCUCCACCGCCGCAUGCCUUCUCACACGCGGCAGCUGUCAACGCCAUUACCCAGCGCCAGAAUUCAGGCCCGGUUCAAACCAUCUCCCAGCAGCAGCAAGCUCAACAGCAACAGCAGAGGCCCAACGCCAAUGGCACAGUUGUAAACAACGCUGGCACUCCAACUCCUAUGAGCGCUGGCGGAGUAAUGGCAUCAGCCCCGCCGCCAAAUCAGAUUCAACAACAGCACCAGCCAACCCACCCGCAACAGCAACCGAACGGCACCGUUAUCCCGACCGGCCAUCCUCACGCACACCCAGGACAACCACAAAUGCAGCAGCGUGAGAGCCACGCAAUGGUUCCCCGCAACCCUAUCGCCAAGAGCUUGCCAGAAAAGGCACAGCAGACACCGCAGCCAGUCGCCAUGACGGGCGGGCUUGGUCCGGGUCGACCGACUAUGACAGGCGGCCUGUCCACUCCCGGUGGCGUUAUGAACCAACCGGUGAUCGCUAGACACCCACCUGGAACGAUCGUCACAGAGAAUGACGGUGAUCGAGUACUCAGCAAGAAGAAGCUCGAUGAGCUUGUAAGGCAGGUGUGUGGUGGCACUGCUGAGGGCCUAGAUGGAAACUUGCUCACGCCCGAGGUCGAAGAGUCUGUUCUCACUUUGGCAGACUCGUUUGUCGACAACGUGCUACACUCCGCCUGCCGCAAUGCUAAAGAGCGCGGAUCCAAAGUUCUCGAGAUUCGCGAUAUCCAGCUGGUGCUCGAGCGAACAUACAAUAUUCGCAUCCCGGGAUACUCGGCCGACGAGCUCAGGACUGUGCGGAAGGUACAGCCCUCUGCGGCCUGGAUCUCGAAGAUGAGCGCCGUGCAAGCUGCCAAGGUGAUGCCUGGCAAGGACGCCUUGUGA